AUGAGAAGCAGAGAUAGAGUGCGCAGAAGAUGGCGGAGGACUGGAAAUAAUGAUGACUAUGCUGCCUUCAAGAAGCUGAGAAAUCAAGUGCAAGAUCAGGUUCGAGCUGCUAAAGCACGCUAUUAUCUUCGGAUAUUUGAUUCGGCGCAGAAUCCAAACACUGUGUGGAGUCACUUGAAACAUCUAGGGCUUGUAAAGACCAAAGAUAUCGGCAGGCGGCUAGUGUACUCGGUUGAGGAGUUAAACAACUUUUUCGUGCAAGUUGCUGGAACCACUAGUACUGAUGUACCAUAUGUGUUUCAGAUAAAUGAUUUUGAUGACAGCAGAUUUUAUUGGAAGUAUAUCUCUCCGCAAGCAAUACAAAAGACAGUGUCUAGAAUAAAGACCAAUGCCACAGGAUGCUACGGAAUCUCUUUGAAAAUGUUUCAUCUAACAAUGUUGUACAUUAUGCCUGUUAUGGAACAUAUUUUUGAUUUUUCUUUAUCUCAUGGCAUCUUUCCAAAUAUAUGGAAGAAGGCAGUAGUAUGUCCUAUACCAAAGAUCAGCACUCCGACAGCUUUACAGCACUAUCGGCCAAUUGCUAUCCUUCCUGUGAUGUCAAAAAUUUUGGAGCGAAUAGUAUGUGAUCAGAUACAGGAAUUUUUGGAAGAAUGA